AUUCGAUAUUGCUUGCUCAUAAAUUCUGCAAUUAAGACAUGGCGGAAGAACUGGCAAAAACUCUUAACCUCGCUCCUCACCCCUACGGAGGAUUCUUCAAAGAAGUUCAGCGUUCAGCUAUCAAUGUAAAACCACUGACUGAUGAUCGUGGUCCGAGAAGCGCUUCUACGUCGAUCUACGUGGUCAUGAGRCAUGAUGAUAUCAACCCUUGGCACAAACUAAACUCCGACGAAACCUUCUUUUAUCACAAAGGAGCUUCUUUAAAGUUGUAUUUAAUCGAUGAAGAAGGCAAAUUAAGCUGUAAAAUUGUCGGCGAUACUUUGCAAGAUCCCAAUGCAUCUUAUGCACAAGUUGUUCCAGCUGGCAUGUGGUUUGCAGGCGAGUUACUCGAAAAGAGCGAGUCUUCGUUUGUUUUCUUCACUGCUUCGACGAGCCCGGGAUUUCAUUUCGAUGAUUCGCAGCUUGGGCAUGUUGGGAAAUUAUCGGAGAUGUUUCCAGAACACAAGGAAUUGAUUGAACGUUUGAGUAUAAUGCACGUGCACCAGGAAGGCGCAACCAAGCAAGAAGAGAAGACGGAGUAACGAUUUGUCACGAGACAUAUGCGCGUUUGGGAAAAAAACUCUAGAUAAAACUAACUAGUCAUAAUAAUAGUAAUAUAAUCAAAAGCAGUGGACAACAGUAACUUAAAACCACACCAUCAUCAUCACUUUAAAUCUGAUAAGGAACUGAUGAAUAAAACAUCAGUGUUUUAAAUUGGUAAACUGGCUGGGCUCAGUGAURGGAUAUAACGUUAUUCAUAUGCUGGCUCAAGUAAAAUUCUUAUCCAUUGGAUAAAAGAUACACAAUUUUAUGCAAUAUACACACUACCUACUGGUUCCUGAUAUACCCUGGUUGUGUAAACCUGCAAGUGUUCAAAUUUUCAGAGACCUGAUAAGACAAUGAAUUCUUACACACAAGCAUAUGUGUGACUCUCAUGUAACUCUAAAUACAAGCCCUGCUGUCCAUGUUCCCAAUAUGAAUCCUCCCUAAGAAUAACUCUUACUAGUAUAAUGAAGUAGUGUGAAAGCACAUAAUACUUUUAGUAUUCUAAUAGCCAAAAAAUAUUUAUUCCAUAGUUAUACCAUUUUAUCUGUAGGUACUUAGUACAUUGAAUAAGACAUCAGUCAUGUGUAGUCUUCAGUAUCAAGGAUUGGAUGACUAUACUGUAGAUUAUUUCUCAUYGUUUCAAUGCCAAAGAGUUUGUUUUAUUUGUAAGAUUAAACUGGCUGUUCUGACCACUAACAUAAUUAUUAUCAUUAGAUCAGUUGCAUCAUGGGUAACUUAAUAUGAUUUUGUCAAAUUUUCACAUUGAAACAGAUUGCAAAUCAUUUGAAAAUAUGUUUAUUAAAGGUUAUUGAUAUUCAAACAAUCUUAAAGAUUUCAAUUUGAAACACARACAUCCCCAUGUAUAUCAAUAAAAGUUAGUGGUCAGAAUUCUGACUGUGUAUUGAAUAGGUAUUUAUAAACUAAGACAUUCCGCUAUAAUAUCUUAAAAAGAUUGUCCAAUAAGUUAUGUAUAAUCAAUAAAAAUGUAUUGAAAUUCCAA